CUGUCGUGUUCGAUUUGUCGUGUGUCAAAGAUUUUUCUCCCUGUCUCUGUUAGAAAAUUUUAUAUCCGUUUCUAUGUCUUAUUUAGCAUCGUUUUGCAGGACGUAAUAUCAAAAUCAGAAAAUUUUUAACUCCUGUUGGUCGAAUUUUAUUGGGAAAUUAACUCUUUUCUAUUAAAACAAUGGAAGAUGAUAAAGCAUUAGUUGAAGAGGGUGAAAUACAUGACGAUGAUAAUGAUUCUACAAAAGAUGAUAAAGAAGACAUUCCUGAUAAUUUUUUUGACGACUUUAAUAAUGAAGGCUUCAUGGAAAGUUUACAAAUAGUUGAUUCCUUGGAUGAUACCAAUCCAAUUGAAGAUGAUGAUGAAAUUGAUAAUGAAGAUAAAAGUGCCUUUGUAGAAGAAAAGUGCCAAGAAAAAUCAAAUGAGAAGAAGAAAUUGAAGAAGUCAGAAGUUUAUACGAAAUCCCGAUCUAAAGAAAGGAAAUAUCAUAAGGAGUCCCCACAUAAAAAAAGGAAAUCUAAUGAAUCAGCACUCAGAAGGGAUCCUAAUAAAACAAAGAGGGAUUUGGAGAAAGAUAGGGAAAAAUUUUUCAAAAAAAAAGAGCAAAAAGUUAUAUCAAAAAUUGUCGAGACAGGCUUAGUUCCUCCUGGAAUGGAAAGUGAGAUGAAUUUAUCUGUUAUUGAAUCAGAGAAAAAUGUGCAGAUUGAAAAGAGAGAAAGGGGUAAAAGUGAUUCAACUAAAGACAGAUCUAAAGAGAGAAAAACUAGUAGAGAGAGAAGAAGUUCAAUUUCUAAAGAAAGAAGAAGGAGGCGAUCUAGAUCCAGGAGUUAUGGUAGGUACAGUCCUAGGUUUAGGAGUAGGAGUAGGAGUAGGGGGAAAAGAAGAGAACGAAGCAGGGAGAAAAAAAGCUUUGAAAGACGAUUGAGAUCAAGAAGUAGAGGUAGAAUUUAUGAGGAAGAGUUAUAUUCUCCUCCCCAUAAUAGAAAGAGACAGAGCCGAAGUGUUUCUGAUAGAGAAAGAUGGUUAAAAGAGAGGGACCGUUCUCCAGAAAGAAAAUACCAAGGCAUAAUACGAGAAAAAAAAAUGUCCUUUUUGGAGGAAAUCAAAUUGAAAUUGAAUGGAGAAUUGGGCUGUUCCAGUGGAGGAGAUACAGUAACAUAUCCUUUUCCAAAAAACCCAGUGCAACUAAAUUUUCCAUCAGAUAUCAUGUACUCUGAUAUGGCGCCAGUUGGAUCAGCUAUACAUCCUCAAUAUAACCAAAAUUACAUGAUUAGUGAGCAUUCAUCAGUUAAUGCUAAUUAUAAUGAGGAAUUUUUCAUUGGAACUCAGUCUGCGCCUCCUAUGAAUAUCCCCCAAAUGAUGCCUGUGGACCACCAUAAGACUGUGAUGGAUCAAUCGUUGAUUCCAAUUGAACCUUCAGCCCAUUUAUACUCUGCAGUGCCAGUUCCACCUCCAAAUGAUACAUCAGAAAUUUCUGCCAAAGUCUCAGAGCUUAUAGCUCGUAUAUCAGCAUCCACUAAAUCUAGCCAUAAUCAAAGUGGAAAGUCUCCUAAGGCGGAGAAACAAUGGUCUUUGACAGAUUUUCUACAUGUAAAUCCUGCACCAGAAUAUUCAUCGGAAUCAGAUGCUUUGAAAAAAAAAAUUAAUGUUUUGUCAAGAUGUCAAGAUUUUUUGAAGGAAAUAACUGGAGACAAAAAAAUCAAUGGAAAACUUAAGGUCACAAAAAACAGUCACCAUCUAACGAGAAGUGAACAGAAUGUUUCGCCAUUGUUGCGUCAAAAACCCUUUAAGUUUUCUUUUAACACACCGUUGUCGGAUAACAGCUACCAGGAAAUCCUCAACAGAGCUUUGAUAAAGACUGGAGUGGUUUCUGAGGUUAUUGAUUUAGUCGAUGAAGAAGAUCAUGAUGCUUCAAUUAAUAGAGCCACAAAAAGAAAAGUGCCAUUCGAGGGGAAUCCUGAACCUAUGAAGAAUAUGUCGAUGAAGAUGUGUCAGACAGAUCCUGUGAAAUGCGAAGAUUGUGAGAAGAGAAAAGCAGUGCAAUAUUGCAGUAUCGGAAUACAGUGUGGAGAAAGUGAGAGAUAUAAUGUUGGAGUACAGGUGGUAGAAGAAGAUAUUUCAAACUUCAAAUUUCCCAAGAAUCAAUCCCUGGCAUAUAUGACACCAGCUCAACUUCUUGGUAGAAGCGAUCCUGUGUCCAGCAGAGCCGAAAGUUUUGGAAAUUCUUCAGAUAGAAAUCUACAGGCUGCAUACCGGGAUGCCCCAAAUUGGAACAGGCCCAGGGAUUACUAUGACCAGCCAACUAGAGAUUAUUAUGGAAUUCCCAGGGAAGUGAAUCGUGACCCUAGAUUUCCUAGGUAUUUAUAAAAUAAUUGCAGCAAUUUUUUUAGUUUAUAAAGAAUUUAGGUAUAUAGAUAUAGAUGUUUAUCAAUCUAAGGCAUUAUAGUAGGGCAUUUGAUUUAAUGUUGAAUAUGUAUUCUUUGCUUCAUAUAAUGAUUAUUAUUAUUAUUUUGUAAAUAAAUAAAUAAAUGCCAUAAUUCUAUUAUGGAAAAUUUUUGGUGCCCUCAUUUAAUUCUGUAUUGCUUCUAUUGCGAUUAAAGUUGAUAAUUACA